AUGACAAGCAACGCCGCUGAAAGCUUCAACAACGUGACAGAAGAAUUCAGGAAAUAUCCAAUAACUACUUUGGUUGAAUUCACCAGGUUCACACUGCAAAAUUGGUUUGCUGAUCGUCUCGAAAAUGCAAGUAAGUGCACUACCCCUUUGGCAACUACUUUUGAGAAGGAUUUAAAAGCACAACAUGAAGAUGGUAGGUUCAGGACUGUCUAUCGUAAUGGUGCACAAUUAUUUAACGUUGGUACAGGUCCUGAAGGUCAGAGAGGUGGUGAUGUGGACUUAGUCGAGAGAACAUGCACAUGCAGAAUGUUCCAAUUGCUAAAAAUCCCUUGUCCUCAUGCAUGUGCCGCAGCAAUUAGUCAGAAUGCUAGCCUGUACGCACUUAGCUCCCCGUACUACACAAAAGACACGUGGAAGAAGACCUACGAUGCAACAAUUAAUGUUGUCGACGAGGAGGAUGAUUGGGUACUACCGGAACACAUCAAGAACAUGAGAGUCGGGGUACCAGUGGAUAAAAAACCGGUGGGUCGGCCUAGGAAGAGCAAUGCGGGUAGAAAAUCGAUGAAGCGUCGCCCGUCUAAUGGUCAAGUGGUUGUGGAACCUCGCCAUUGUACUAACUGCGGUGGUUCGGGGCACAACAGAGCUACAUGCAAAGCUCGAGUUUGA